AUGACAAUCACUAAUAUAAUACGAUUUGUUGUUGAUAAUAAUCAAUACCAAAAGAAAACAAACGUUAAACCAUCGUUGAAGAAACGUAAUAAUCAUUCUCGAUUGUUGGAAAAUAAUCAUCAUCAGGAAAAUCAUCCGAAAAAUCAAAAUAAGAAAUCCGAUUUACCAACCAACAAUGUUCUUCGUAGCCGGCGAUUAUUACGAUCAUUACCAAAAUUUAUAUUCAAUAUACCUGGUUGUGAAACAAUAUGGCGUGAUAUUUUAGGUUAUAAAAUUAAUAAAGAAUUUGAACAAACAUUUUUACAUCUGAUUAAAGAUUUAAAUUCAGAUGAAAAAUUCUUAUUAGCCGAAAUUAUUAUCGAUCAUGAUAUUGGAUGGGUUAUUCGAAAUAUGCAUAAAGUGAAUGAAGAUUUGAAAAAAAUUAAUACAAUUAGUGAUUGUAAUAUGCCCAAAUUGAAACCAAGAAAUUUUAUGGAUGUUUCAACACAAACAGAUUUUUAA